GAGCAGCAGGAGCGAAAAACCAGACCACGGGGACUGCACGCGGACGAGUUUGCCAUACGCGUGUGCUGUGCGCGCAUAUACUCGUUGAAAUAAUUAUUUUUUUAAUAGUAAUAAAUAAUACAGUAACUGGUGUGUGUUAAUUGAUAAAAGAACUCGUGUACGGUCGUUCCUCAUAUUUUAUUUAGCUAAGUUAGAUAGUGGGUGUGCCGAAAGAUUGAUAAAUAUGGCGAACAGCGUAGCACCGGACUCGUGGGAACAGCAGGCGGACAGCGCUGACACUACCGCCGACAAUACAUUUAUCGAGGGAAAAUUUUCUACUCUUAAUGUCAAUGCAGCUGAAUUUGUGCCUUCCUUUUGCAUAAACUCGUUGCCCCAAAGCAAUCCCACCAGCAACACGACAACUACCAAUCCCAGUGAAUCAGUAAACCCGGAUAACACCGUGGCAACACCUGAAGCUGCCACGAGUAGUGCUGACACGCCAGUUGACGAAUCCAACAGUACCUCCGAUUCGGAUGUUGCCACAAGCACUUUUGUGCCGCCAGAAACUCAUCAUGCUCCACCUGUACCAGCUCUUCCACCGGAUCCUGUGGGCAACCGAGCCGAGGAACCUCCUGCUGGAGGAGGAGCGCCGCCACCUCCGAGUGUUACUGACCCAGAGGCAAGCAACAGUAGUCCGGAACAUCAACCAGCUGAUUCCUGGGAAGAAGCAGCUGUUGAUAAUGAUCCUCUAUUAACACCUGAAAAUGAAGAGGCGGAUAUCGAAGAAGACGAAGAAACGAUUGUCAAGGUCACGAAAAAGAAACCAGUUAAAGUUGCUGAGGACACGAAAAGCAAAAAGGAGCACGUAAAUGUUGUUUUUAUUGGCCACGUUGAUGCUGGUAAAUCAACAAUCGGUGGUCAAAUAAUGGCACUUACGGGCAUGGUUGACAAGAGAACACUCGAAAAAUAUGAAAGAGAAGCUAAAGAACGUAGCAGAGAAACGUGGUACCUCAGUUGGGCGUUGGAUACCAAUCAAGAAGAACGUGAGAAGGGUAAAACGGUGGAGGUUGGCCGAGCGUACUUUGAAACCGAACGAAAACACUUUACAAUAUUAGACGCACCAGGUCACAAAAGUUUUGUGCCAAACAUGAUCGGUGGUGCGGCUCAAGCGGAUCUUGCUGUGCUCGUUAUAUCAGCGCGAAAAGGGGAAUUUGAGACUGGAUUUGACCGAGGCGGACAGACGAGAGAGCACGCUAUGCUCGCUAAAACAGCAGGCGUUAAGCAUCUCGUAGUUCUAGUUAAUAAAAUGGAUGACCCGACUGUAGAGUGGGACGAGGGAAGAUACAACGAGUGCAGAGACAAAAUCCUUCCAUACCUCAAAAAACUAGGAUUCAACCCAGCGAAAGACCUCACAUUUAUGCCAGUGUCAGGUCAAUUGGGAAUCGGUUUGAAAGACCCGAUACCUGAGAGUCUGUGCAAUUGGUACGUCGGGCCGCCUUUCAUACCCUUCAUUGACUCGCUGCCAUCGCUCAAUCGUAAAAGCAACGGACCAUUUAUCAUGCCUAUUGUUGACAAGUACAAGGACAUGGGUACGGUGGUGAUGGGGAAGGUCGAGGCGGGUGAAGCUAGAAAAGGUCAGGCCUUAUUAGUUAUGCCAAACAGGACGGCAGUUAUUGUCGACCAGCUCUGGUCAGACGACGAGGAAGUUACGUCUGUUGGUCCCGGUGAAAAUGUUAAAAUAAAACUAAAGGGUAUUGAGGAGGAAGACGUCAGUCCGGGAUUUGUACUGUGCGAUGGUAAUAAUCCAAUAACUACUGGUAAAGUGUUCGAUGCUCAAGUAGUGAUAUUGGAGCACAAGAGUAUCAUUUGCGCGGGUUACAGCGCGGUAAUGCAUAUUCAUUGCGCCGCUGAAGAGGUCACGGUUAAAACGCUGCUUUGUCUUGUCGACAAAAAGAGCGGGGAUAAAAGUAAAACGAGACCUAGGUUUGUUAAGCAAGACCAGGUUGCUAUUAUGAGAAUAGAGUGUGCUGGAGUUAUUUGCCUUGAAAAAUUUAAACUCUUUCCCCAAAUGGGACGAUUCACCCUCAGAGACGAAAAUAAAACCAUUGCCAUCGGCAAAGUGCUAAAGGUAGUCGAGUAAAUUUGCUCAACGUCAUCGAUCGUUAGUGCCGGUCGAAGGCAAUAGCGGAAAUGUACACGCAACGACGCAGCGAGCCGCGUACAAGAUGAUACGCGAGAUAAAUAACAAUAUUACUACUAAAACGGGAAGAAAAAGAAAAUAAUAAGAUUAUAUUAAUAAAUAAUAAUAAAUAUAUGAAAGAUGAAAAUGAUAAAGUUGAUGAUGAUGAUAAUUGAGACGAAGAAGAGUAAAAAGAAGAAGAAGAAAAUAAUAAUUUAGUAAUAAUAAAAAAAAAAAACUAAAUCCGGAAUCCAAUUGAUCAGUUGGUCCGAUUUUAAAAUAAUCCGGCAACGUGAUACCGGCCUCUUAAUCCCAGGCACUUUUUUUACACUUAUUUUACAUAACAAACAAUCAUAUAAUUCGUAAACAUGCCGGUCUUCAUUUUCAUUUCAUCAAUUACUUUUUUUUUUGUUCUAUUUCUUUUAUUUUAACUUCAGUUUAUUUUCAUUUUAAAACGAUUGUGGAUGAGUAGAAUGCGAAUUGCUCGUGGAUACGCACCUGGCUCUUUAAUUUAGAUCACAAGUACGAUUUAAUAAUAAUAAUAAUAAAAAAAAUAAGUAAAUAAAUAAAUAAUAAAAAAUAUAAAAAAUUGAACAAGUGUACACGUCUUGUUUCAAGUAACUUACGAUGGACAACGAGGGUCAUUGGCCUCUGCCGCGACGCUAGGUAGUCAUUUUAACUUUUUUUUCCUUCUCUCGCUCUUCGUUCAUCACUCCUGUGUCGCGGUCUCACGCGAUCCUCGUGUAAGCACACGCACUUGUGACGUAAAAAACUAAAUAAAAAAAAAAAUUUAAGUAUAAUUUUAAAAAUAUGCACACUGACAAUUAAUGAAUUCAAUACGUAAAAAAAAAAGCCACGUGCGUUUAUCCGCGAUUAAUGUCUGUAUGUACACAAAUGCAUAUAGUUAUGUAUAUAUUAUCUAUAUUGAUACACGUAUAUACAUAAUAUUAUUAAUUACUGUUACACGGCUAUUAUAUCCAUCAUUAAUGUUUGUAAUAGUUGCGAGUGAGUUAAUGUUUUAAAAAGGAAAAGGUUUGAAUAAUAAACUUUACCAUUAUUAUUAUUAUUAUUAUUAUUUUAUAAUUAUCAAUUAUACAUCAUUGGAGCUAAGAAAAACAAAUUAUGUAAACAGAUAUUGUAAGAUUAUUACAAAUAGAAAUUAUUGUUUUCUUUUUCUUUGUUUUAAGUAAAUUUUUUUUUUUUUUUUUUUUUUUUAUUUAAAUUUUUCAUAGCAAAAAUUAACAUUCGCGCGAUUGCGAUUUAAAUAGAGUAAAUAAUAUUUAACGGAUGUGGAAGGAGGAGAGAGUAAAUAAUGAGGAUGAAAAAUUAUUAUUAUUAUUAUUAUUAUUACUAUUAUCAAUAUUAUUAUUAUUGAUUUUAUUCUUAUUGCUAAUAAUUAAUAAAUUAGUGGGUACGAGGUGUAUACUGGACUAAAAAAAAAUUAAUUUCAUUUAAAAAAAAUAAAAGUUUAAUUAAUAGUAAAUAAACUUGGGUGGGAGAAAAUACUAAAUAGUGUUAAAUGAUAAUUAUAAUUAUUAUUGCUAUUGUACUGUUUAUUAUUUUAUUGCCAUUAAAAAUGAAUUUAUGAUAAUAA